GCUCCAUUUGUGAACAGUCAGUCAAGCACUCAUUUCAGCUUAUAGUCACAGAUACAUAACAAUGACUGACAUUCACACAAGUAAACUCUCCCUAUUCAUGUUUACUCUAAAAAAAGACAUGACAACUGUGGUGAGUGGUGCGAACAGGCUGUGAACCACUAAAGCCCCAUUUCUUUAGGGUUUUAAGAUUUCUUCAUCUCUCUUUUUUAUGUUCUCUAUCUGUCUGUCCCUCUUUAUGUAUCUCUGCCUGUAUCUCUCUGCAUGAAUAGAAAGCCUGCUGCCUUGAGAGAGCAUUUCUUCCUAAUGAGAUUAACCAUCAAGGAACGGUCAUGUCUAGACACCCUGAAUACACAACCCCCUCCCUCCCUCCCACCACACACAAGCUCCUUCUCAGCCAAUGAGAUCAUGACAUUGACUCCUCACUGUGUCACUUCAAAGGCUGGGAAUGGGGGUCCAAGCCCCGCCCACAUCCAGAUCUCACUUAAAGGUGUGGGACACCCCCUCUGCAUCUGUGGCAGAAGCAACAAACAGACACAACACACUGAACCCCUUCAUCCUUGGACUUAACGUUGGAAUGAACUCAAGCCCUUUGAGUUCUUAUGGAGAACUUGUGUUUUUAACUGAAACCUCAUUCUGAUCUUUUCUGUUGGUCCAUCUCAUUUUCUUCUGGAGGCCAUCUUUUGAGAAGCCUAAAUAAUGCAGGCUAUCAGAGACCUCAAGCACAAUUUCAGUCUCCCUCCUCCACCUUCCAUGGCUGGAGCCGGGGAUUCCUAUCACCAGGGCAACAUCCGAAUGACUCUGGAGGAUCCGGAGCUGUGGAGAUCCUUCCAUGAGAUCGGCACUGAGAUGAUCAUCACCAAACCUGGCAGGAGGAUGUUUCCACAUUGCAAAAUCAGCUUGUCUGGAUUGGUGCCAUAUGCAAAGUACAUCUUACUGGUGGACAUGGUGCCAGAAGAUGGUCUCAGAUAUAAGUGGAACAAGGACAAGUGGGAGGUCGCUGGUAAGGCUGAGCCUCAGCCGCCCUACAGGACGUACCUACACCCUGAUUCUCCAGCGCCCGGCAGUCACUGGAUGAAACAGCCCGUGUGUUUCCUCAAACUCAAGCUUACCAACAAUGCCCUGGACCAGCAUGGACAUAUUAUCCUUCACUCCAUGCACCGCUACCAUCCACGUUUCCAUAUAGUUCAGGCUGAUGAUCUGUACAGUGUGCGCUGGAGUGUCUUCCAAACCUUUACCUUCCCCGAGACCUCCUUCACUGCUGUUACUGCAUACCAGAACACAAAGAUUACAAAGCUGAAAAUCGACCACAACCCCUUUGCCAAGGGAUUCAGAGAUGAGGGCACAAACUCUAAAAGACGAGCAAACAGAAGUCUGGCUGAUCCUGAGAGAGUUGUAAAGAAGAUCAACUUGUCAAAAGACUCCGAACAUGAAAGCCCACGAGAUAUCCAGCAGUCCUCAUGCGAGGAGGGUCUGGAUGAUGAACAUGUGGGCCGUAAGGAGUCGGAGGUGAAGGCCGAGCGCUACUCCCCAUGGGGAGGUGCAUGCGACCGGGACAAUAGCAAUGCUCUCCGUGCUGAGUCCCCUCUGGGCUCGGACCCUCGGGACAUGUACAGCUCCGAACAGCUCGUACCGGGACAGAACACAUACCAGCCAUACAGCAGAUUUCAUGAAUACGGCAAGUCCCCCUCGCCGUCCUCGUCCAGUGUUGGCAGCAGCAGUGGAUGUGGAAGCCGCUCCAGCUUUGAGUCCCGUGUGCCGGAGGUUGCCACCGUGCCCGAUCAAGACACCUCCAGCAAGCCCUCCGCCUCUGAGUUUGGCCUGCCUCCCUGCCCACCACACGCCUCAGCGGGGCACCAGGACUACGCCGGGGUGCUGAACAUGGCUAUAGCCCAGGCCAAGCCAGGUAUGCUGGGCCACCAUCCUCUCUACACACCCUACAGCACAGAACAAUCUCUGGGACAGUGGAGCGGGGCAGCGUCCACUCAAUACCCCCCUCCUCCACCUCCCCAUCAUCACCUACCCACCGAAUACAGCACCCAGGCCAUCCAUCACAGCUAUCACCACGGAAAUGUAGGGGACUGGAGCCAAUACCCACUGUUCUCUUACUCGUGCUGGUGAGCGAGUGAUGGGACGCUUUCUAAAGUCUUGCACGAUCACGCCCUGACCCAGAUGAUGGCCCCCUGUACCUGCGAGCACCAGAAAAACACUAGAACACUGAGCGAAUGUAAUGAGCAAGUGGCACUAACUAGAAUGUUGUUUGUGAGUCAACUUGGAUGCAAAUACAAAAUAAUAAACCUGCUUCAGUUUAAUUGAAGAAAAGUCCGUCUGCUGAUCUGAGGGUCUUUGUUUUCUUUCCGCUUUGAGAAAAGACAAUGUGCUUGUCAAUUGUGCCACAUUAAACGCAUUUGGAAAUGCUGUUCUUUAGACUUUUGAUAUAUUUUGACUUGAAAACUCAUGUCUGCGUACAGAGGACCAAGAACAGACUGGUUUUCUUG